GAAGAAGAUCCAAGGAGGCUGAGGUAAGCGGUCUUCUGAGUCCCUCUUACAGUGGAAACAAUAGAUCAAAAGGUGUUCUUGGUGACGGGGGUGAGUAGGUUUUACUUUUUCUCAUCAGAGGUUUGACAGCAUGAAGUAAAAACAAAUUAUUUUAGUGAACUUUUCUUUUUUUUCCUCAUAAGUGAUUUUUUUUUUUUUUUUUUUAGCAAACUUCAGACCCAGACCCAGGACUCAACGGUAUAUUCCUGGAAGGCACGGUACUAUAAUGGCGGCCACACUCUUCUUCAUCAUCUGGGUGUUUUUCAUGACAGAUACCGUGUGGACUCGAAGUGUGAGACAGGUCUAUGAGGCACACAAUCCAGAGGAUUGGAGUGUUCAUCAUGACUUCGACUGUCCCAUGGAGUGUUUCUGUCCCCCCAGUUUCCCUACUGCCUUAUAUUGUGAAAACAGAGGUCUCAAGGAAAUUCCUGCUAUUCCUUCAAGGAUCUGGUAUCUUUAUCUUGAAAACAACCUGAUAGAAACCAUUCCUGAGAAGCCAUUUGAGAAUGCCACCCAGCUGAGAUGGAUAAAUCUUAACAAGAAUAAAAUAACCAACUAUGGAAUUGAGAAAGGAGCCUUAAGCCAGCUGAAGAAGCUACUUUUCUUAUUUCUAGAAGAUAAUGAGCUAGAGGAGGUACCGUCUCCAUUGCCAAGAAGUUUAGAACAAUUACAAUUAGCUAGAAAUAAGGUGUCCAGAAUUCCUCAAGGGACCUUCAGCAAUCUGGAGAACCUGACCCUUCUUGAUCUACAGCACAAUAAACUAGUAGACAAUGCCUUUCAAAGAGACACCUUUAAGGGCCUCAAGAACCUGAUGCAACUAAACAUGGCCAAGAACGCCCUGAGGAAUAUGCCCCCAAGACUGCCAGCCAAUACAAUGCAACUGUUUUUAGACAACAAUUCCAUUGAAGGAAUACCAGAAAACUAUUUUAACGUGAUUCCUAAAGUGGCCUUUCUGAGACUAAACCACAACAAAUUAUCAGAUGCAGGUCUCCCAUCAAGUGGCUUUGAUGUGUCAUCAAUUCUAGAUCUUCAACUAUCUUACAAUCAACUCACAAAAGUUCCCCGAAUCAAUGCCCACCUGCAGCAUCUUCACCUUGAUCAUAACAAAAUUCAAAGUGUUAACGUCUCCGUCAUAUGCCCCGGCUCCUCCACGCUGCCUGCUGAGCAAGACUCCUUGGGUUACGGACCGCGCCUAAGCUACCUCCGCCUGGAUGGAAACGAAAUCAAAGCCCCAAUCCCAAUGGAUUUAAUGACCUGCUUCAGGCUUCUUCAGGCUGUCAUUAUUUAAACACAUUCUCACCAAAUCAAAAAAUUGGUCUAAUAAGCUGUUGUUUCUGACAAGAAAUUGGGUUACCACUUAUAUGCUUAGGACAAAAGUCACGUUUCCAAUUGCCCUUGACCGCCAUUUUCAUUCGUGCAGCUUCUUUUUUUCUGUUCAAAGAUGCUUUCACCAAAACCAGCACACCCUGUAUUAUUAUUUUUUUUUAUUUUAAUUAACAGAACAGACACAGGGUUAAGAUAAUUUAACUCAAAGAUAGUUCUUUUUGGUCUUUUACGCAGCUUAUAAAUACCAAAUAAUGCAAUUACCCUGUUACAUAAUAAAAGGACGUAUUGGUUUGUAUAUAUUCAGAAUUACUUAGUCAGAUACUAUAUUUACAGAAUAAACACAGUAACCAAUAGGAGUUAAGAAGAUCUAAAGAAAAUUUUAAAAUAAGGUAGUUCUUUACCAUAAUCAUAAUGAAAUAAAUGCAGAUUGCUCAGUAGUUUUUAGAAGUAUAAUUUUGGUAUUUACCUUGAGAAAGAGAAUGAAAAGAAUCAAAUACUUCAUAAUGAGAGUAUUUAGUCAAUUCUAGAAAAAGUAAUGGUGAUUUCUAGUUCAUUACCAUUUCUUGUAGGUGUUUUAUUUAGAUGUAGUCCACUAUAUUCUAACAAUUAUACAAUUCCUAAAAUAUACAUUUAUUAUAAGGCACUUCUUACACUUGAAAUCCACUUGAAUUAGAAAUUGUUCAAUUCUUAUAUUUGGUUGUGUUUUUCAGAUUUUUGAA